AUGCGAACAGUGGAAAACACUUCUCCGAUUCUUGUUAGCUACGCCCAAACUCCAUCCCCAACGACUUUGGAAUCAACUCCGAAAUUAUCUCCACAUUUACAUACACACAACACCUCCCCUGUGUGCUCAAGAAGCUCUCCCUGUUUAUAUCAACGAGGACAAUCUGUUUUUUCUGUUGUAAAUAAAAUACAGAAAGACCAAAUCUUGGACGAGUUAUUUAUACAACCGCAUUCUCAGUUAUUAUACGCUUAUUGCAAUGUAUUUAUUCGAACAAAUUAUAACGAAAAAUAUACACGAACACUCCUCUAUUAUUUCUCAUCAAGAGGUAAAUUGGUCGACUUGUUGAACCGAAUCAUAUCGAUUGAACUUGAGACUGUCGACGAAGACCAGCUCUUCACAAAAACUGGCAUCUUUGUUCCCAUCUUUUCUUCGUACGUGUCUUUGUUUUGUGGGUCGUACAGAAAUAACUUGAAAAUGUCAUAUCAACGCAAACUAAAAGAAAAAAAAAUCAAUGACCAACUUGAAGAAAAGGAGCCUUUCAAUACUUUUUAUGAAACAAUAGCAGACGACUUCAAAAACAUUCCAACGCAUUUUGUUAUUGUUAUGUCGCGAUUAUUUAAAACAGUUAGUAAGGCCCUUGGAAAACGAUACUCUAUAGAAACCGUUCGGAGUCUCUUUGUUCUUAAUAUCGUCGAACCCAUUAUUAAAGGCACUCCUUUGGUAAAUUCACUCAACCAAAUGACGACAAACCAUUUAACGCGAUUCAUUCAUAGAGUGGUACUAGAAAUGAUUUCGACUCCGCUCUCAGUCAUUCGCGAGACACAAGUCGACUUCGAGUUGCAAGAAAAGACGUCGACUGAAAUCGUUCAGAUCAUGAAAUCCAAUAUGAUCUGUUUAUCCAAAUUCUACCCCGGAGACUUCUCAAUCAUCUUCAAUUGCGUCAAAGGCGUGAGAACACACGGACAAGUCACGUUAAUUGAUGCAACUUCGGGGUACUUGGAGUGGACCGACUCCAAAGAAAAUGUCCUUAAAACUGAAAACUUGAAUUUGACGACAAGAAAUAAUCAACUCAAAACAAGUAUCUCUUUGCUCAAAGAAAAAGUCCAAAAUAAUACUUUAUGGAUAACGAAAGACCACUUCUCGCAUAAAGUCGAGUUAAGCUGUAAGUGA